AUGAACUCCACCGACAGUACGUGCGAAGCAAUGGAAGUGGAUGAGGAGGAAGAGGAAGAUAAAGAAUUUGAUAAGCUGCUGUGGUCCAUUGAUGAUGACACCCUCUUUCAGCCAUUUGGUUUAACCAAUCACGGCACAGAUGCAGGCAAAACAGUGUUUGUGACAUGGAAUGAAGAUUAUCUGCUUAAUUUUGUUUUCAAGCGUGCACGUCGCACUAAGAAAAUCAGCUUGACAAAAGUGCGAAUACCAAUGCCAGCUGGAGAAGUCAUCAACGAUAUUUUCAUAUUGGAAAUGAAUGCUUUACUACUUAUGCGAAGCGGGCGCGUAUAUUAUUUUAGUUCGGUUAAGUCCAUGCAUGAGGUUGACUGGCUAAAUGAUACUGGAGCGGGUGUGCGUUGCAUGGCUGCAGCACCCACGGCAGGAUUUAGUUGUAUACGUUACAUCGCGACGCAGAGUGCGCUUACACUGGAGUUGUAUCGAGAUGUGCCAGAUAUAGGACGUAAUACGCCAACAUUAUUGCAGCGCUGUGAUAUUACAUUUGAUGAUAGAAACUUUUUCAAUUGCACCUGGGAGGAUGAGCGAUAUACAAUAGUUUCACAACCAGUCUCUGAAGCUAAUUUGGAUUUCUUGCAACAUUUAUUGAUGGAGGAAGUGGAGUUGCGGGUUGGACAAUGGUUGCACAUAUUUACAGUAUCUUGUAUUGUAUAUGCAUUGGUUGUAGCUAGUCCAGAAGAUAACAGUCCUAGCGGCGAGGACGCUGCUAACUGUGAAUACAGUAUUCAUCAGCUAUGCGCAUAUGCCACUAAGGUAGACUCUAUACAAUUGGACUGUGAAGAGAUGCGCUGUCUGAUAUUUCUGCAAUGUGGGAGCAUUGACAUCUGGUAUUACUCGCACCUCACUUGUGGCUUGCGUCGCAUGUCGCAUCAUACUGGCGCACAGUAUAUUGAUCAUGUGUAUGUGCCAAAUACGCGUUGUUUUUACUUCACCGACGAAGAGCAAGUGGCACAAUUGCAUUUCUCCUACGAUGCCGAGGAGGACUGUUGUCAAGUACAAGAGACAUAUAAAGCCGUGCCUGGCAUGUUGGCUUGCACAUGGGUACAUACGCAACAACAACUGAUUUGCUUAAGCUGCAAUAAUAUAUUUUAUAAAAUGAAAUUCGAUCCUGCGCCUAAAGCUAAGCAGCCCUUACCGCUCUCCACAAGCACAGCUGCGUUGGUAAGCACGGAAUAUGAGAACUUGCAAAUGCUUUAUGAGCUGACGCCCGCCGGUUUAUCACGGCUGCUUGCACAAGCCCAGAAAGUAAAUGAAUUGGUAAAUUUGCCUGCGCAAAUGCAUGCUGCUAUCGAGGAAGAGUGUGUCAAACAACAGCUGCUCGGUGUUGCUUCAAAUAGGGACCUGUAUCGAUAUCUAUCGAAAGCGCGUCUUGUAUACAGUAUACAAUUGCCAACAGCACCUCAGGCUGAUGUAAUUAUGUUGUAUGCAAAUAACAACUACCAGCUACACCACGACAGCUAUGCGGCGUUAAUAUACUUACAAAUUGACAAAAAUGAUGUGCUGCAUAACGGCGAAAGUCUUUGGCAUUUACACAUAGAUGUUGAUUACAGCGAUAGCCAUAUGCUGCACAUACCCAGCGCUCUUCUAGAACAACAAUUAUGCAUUGUUUUACCCCUAAAGCGUGAGGUGGGAAAAUUACUUGCUCAAAUCAAACUAAAGCUUUAUACUAUGGUGUGCUUGGAACAAGAUUUUGUAGCUAUUACGCUGCCCAUUGAUUUGGAAAUAAAUUCCAGUACUUAUGCGGAGCUUAUCACACGCUUUAAAUGCUUUGUAACCAUUUGCAAUGACUAUGAUAUUUCAAAACUUAUUAGAAAUUUCCUAAAGCAUAGCAGAUGCGACAUAACAAAUACGAAAUCCAAUGAGUCGCUUCGUUUCGAAGCAGGGGAGAAUGAACCAAAAUUCGAGGUUGAAGUGCUGUCACAUACUUUGCGGCUACCGCCGUCAUGUUCCUUUAGUGCCAUUGCUGAUUGCUUCAAGGUGCCAGUUACGGAUGAGCAUAUGUUUGAGUUGUACUUUAUGUCAACAGCGGUCAAAGUUGUAUACAUAGUAGAAGAAAAGUAUAUUAAAAUAGAAAGCGUGGAUGCAGUAGCUUUGUAUUAUGUAAAAACGCAAUUGCUAAUAUGCAUACCAACGCUUCUGCUGCCUUAUGAUCAAAAAGAGGCAGACAAACGACAGCAGCUGCUGAUGCAACUUCAAUGCGACUUAGCACGUUGUGGUUCAGCUCUUUUGAAUGUGCGCUCAUUGGAUGCGGAUAUUGCGGAGGAUGAAAGCGACACAAUUCCUCAUGCCAUGCAGCACCAACAACUGGAACAAAUUUAUAAAACACUGCGACGAGAUUUUCAUAAAUUGUAUAGCUGAUGAAGAUAGUGUCAUACGCUUAUUGCCCAUUAAUUUUAGUCUAAUUGUAGUACGAAUAUUAUGAAAAACAAAUGUCUCAGUUGCUGGCAAAAUCAUAAAUACUGAUUGUACCAUAAAUUAUACAUAUCUAUAAAUUUGUAUGCAUU